AUAUACACCGAAGCGUAUGAUUACACGUAUACUCUGUUUGAGCCAUCAACGGAUCUACACAACCUAGCAUUGACAUAUCAUCUAUAAUGGCAACUAAAAAAGAAAAGAUAACUGAGGAUGAUACACAAUGUUCAGUAUGUCGGACAAUCUUUCGGAAUCCGAGAAUAUUGCCAUGUAAGCACACGUUUUGCCACGAAUGUUUGUGUGGGGUCGUGAAGCGACACGAAGGAAAGUCUGCGUUCCCUUGUCCUCUGUGCCGGGCUUCUACCAAUACUAACAUUCGUAUAACUAUUGAAACAUCAGAAAGACUAGUAAAUCAAAUCCCAGUGGAUCGUGAGAUGCAAUCUCAUUUGGAAAGAAGGCCGACAUGCCUCGCGUGCAAAACCGAGAAUAAGAAUGAGACUGCGACGGUAUAUUGUAUGGGCUGUCACGAACACAUGUGUGCGGUCUGUGGAGAAACUCACAAAAAGUACAAACAAAUGAGGAAUCAUCAGUUACGGCCGUCAGAAGAGGCGCCUUCAUCCAAAGUAAGGGAUUUGUUACAGGGACUGAGUCGCUGUCCAAAUCAUGAAAAUGAAAAAUUGGAAUAUAUUUGCCAAGAUCAUAACCAAACCUGCUGUAGUAAAUGCGCGUUUACAUCACAUCGAACAUGUGAUAAAGUAAUGCUUCUAAGUGACGUCAUCAACGACAAUAAAACCUACAAAGCUAGUAUUCAUGAAACAACAGAAAUGAUGGACGAAGCUUUAAAGCAUGUUUCUGCUAUGCUCCUCGAACUAGAAGGAGAGCCGUUACGUGUUGCCAAUAGUGAGAAAAAUAUAGACAAACAGCUGUCCGAAAUUCAAUUACUUAUAGAGGAUGCAGUUAAAAAUCUUAAAAGCAAUGUAAAGGAGGCGUUUAUGAAGGCAAAACUGGACAUUAUACGGUCGUCAGAGGCAGAAUUAAGAACAGUGACUGCCAAGAAGGCCGAUAUCCAAAACAAGGAGGAGCUCGACGGGGUUCUUUCUCAUGGUGACGAUGUGCAGAAAUAUUUGUAUAUGCGCAAUCAGCCAAGUAGUUAUGCCGUUGACGCUGCCUUGCAAAUUGAAUUCACACAGAAGCGCAUAGUUCUUUAUAAAACACCACAAUCCUCUUCACUCACAUAUUAUCCGAAAAAUGAAAAAGUUUCUAAGCGUGAAAAAUCACUGUUAGAUCAUGUGCUUGGUGAAAUAAAAAAACUUGUUGAAGUAAAACAAGAGAUAAGUACGAACGGCUAUCCACACUUUUUAGGUUUUUAAAUCGUCAAAAGAUGCAUAUAAUGGCUAUAUAAGACCAUGGCAAAUGUUCAGUAAUACUGUUUCCUCACAAAUAUCAUAACUAAACCGAAAAUUUGCGAAUCUGAAACCAUUUUUUUCAAUUUUGUCAAUUUACCAAACCGUGAAAAGAUCCCUUUAAAAGUGUUGUGUACGCUAGAAAGCUCUUUUAAAGAAUGAUCCAAAAAUGUUAUUUUCAAAUCCAUACUCAAGUUUGUAAGUACAAUGUACUAAUUAGCGGUCAUUUAAUUAGCGAUAAUUACUUUAAACGUGUCACAAAUUCUGAUAUAUUUUCUUUUGAAGAUACCCCCCCCCCCCCAUAAUUAUCCCCGGAAAACAAACCUUCUCAACACCUUAUUAUUUGUUUACUCACAGCGGGCCGCUUUUAUAAUAUCAAAGACAAUUACCGCUAUCAGACGCUUUACCCGCAAAAUAGACGGACAAAUGAUGUGCUGACGCGUGUCCGUUGUUUUUAUUUCAAACAUGAAUGUCGGGUUGGAAUAUAGUGGCCGAGUGCCGUUAUGGACAGGCUACCGUUAUUCUCAAGUCUAAUUAAGAGUGAUUUUUGUCGGGAGGGGGGGGAAUCCAGACUGACUGUUGACUGCAGUUGACCGUUAUUUUCAGGUGGCCGUUAGGUCAGUUUUGACUGUAUAUAUAUAAAAAAAAAAUUAUGUACAAUUAUUUACACCAAUUUUUCUACAGCGAAGUGUAUGACAAUCAAUUUUAAAUGUGAUGUAGUUAUUGUAGCUUUUUCUUCUUUUCAAUACAACUUAAAGUUUCCAAUAAGUUAUUGACGCUUGCUUCUCGGUUGUCUAUUUAUAAUGGUCUUCAAUAACAAUACGUGGUAACAAUAUUUUCAGCUUUUGGUUUGGUGCAUCUUUUUGAAGAACGUUCACCCGCGCUAAUGAAUGAUGUCAUCCAUUCAUAACAAAACAUUUUGACGUUUAUGACCUUCAUAAAAAAUUAGUUAAACAUUAAGUUUAGUUUAACAUUUUAUGAAGUUUAUGUUCAUUUUGGUAUUUGUAUAAUGAAGCAUCCCCUGUCUUUUUUCAGUUAUUUUGCGUUAUUUCUUGUUAUUAUCUCACAAUGGUUUUGUACGACGAGUAAAUGCACAUUUUAUGAACUUCUGUUAACGAUUGAUUAAUAUUAUUUAUGUACGGGUAUUCAUAAGCAACCUCGUUAACUCAUAAUUUAAAUACUUGACAGAAAUAUGUUAAUAGGUUUAUUAAUGCUGUUAUCAAUUGCAGGAACUACAAUGUGUCCACAUGGGCCAUGUACAUUCUGGAAAUGUUUUGAUAAAUCUUGAAUCUAAAGUGAAUGCCGUCAUUGAUACAAAUUAAAAACCCAAUAUCCAAAAUGCUAACAAAACAAUAAAAAUAAAGUUUGACAUUAACGUUUUGUGAAAAUGUAAUAAAAACUUUUAUUUGAAUACAUAGAGAAUAACAUGUUACUGCCCUAUGGUUGUGCAAUAUAGAGGCUGAGGCCUAGAAUAAAAGAAAGAGGAGGCUAAGCGUUCUUAUUAAAAAAACAUAUUUUAUAAAUACGUGUAUAAAUACGUGGGUUGCUUUUAUCAUUGAAAGUGUACUGUAGCAGAUGCAUGCUUGUUUUUGUAGUAUCAUGGUGUGAGUAAUAUGUUUUGCUUCUUGUACAACUAUGUCGUAGGGUGUAUGUAUUGUUUGGUAAAUAUUUUCAUGUAUAGUUUAUUACAUUUAACUUCGUGUAUAAUAUGUGUGUUGCAAUAUUUUAUUAUUAUAGCAAGUUGUAUAUACUAAGUAAUUGUUGCAAAUUCUAGUUGUGAUGGAUGUUAUGUAUUUUAAAAACAAUAAUUACCCGAUU